AUGUCGUGUCCCUCCCAGGGGAGAGGCCGAGGGAAGCAGCAGCUUCUCGAAGGCGCAACCUGGGCGUCUCAGGGCCCGAGGCUCCGGGGAGGUGGCGGGGGACUCGGGGCCCGGGAGCGAAGGAGAGGCCUCCGAGGGCGGGGCCUGACCCCUCCGAGACCGACCGAGAAGUUUUCCACCUGCCCAUCGCCCCCUACAGGCCACAUCCGCCACGGCAGCGCGAGCCCCGCACGGCCGGUGCGCGCUUUUUGCUCUAUCCUGGUCCUCAUUUCCAGCACCCCCAGAUCCACCCUCCCUUCCCCGCGGGGGGCUGGAUGCGGGGGCCCCACUCAGGAACUCCGUCCUGAGGACGCUGCUGGGUCUACAGGCCUGGGGAACGGUGGAAUAGAACGCGGGUAUCCGUGGCGUAGGCUUCAAUCUCGGCGGGAGGGCGAAUUCCGGCGCCUUUUGUCGCAGGUGCGGGCGUUCGAUCGCUUCCAACCGGGGGUUCCGAGCGCCCGCGCGCCCCACCGGCGUAGCCGUAGCCGCUGUGUCCGAGAUCGAACUUGUACGGGAAACCAGCGGCAGCGCGGGUGGUGGAGGCGAGGAGGUGGCCGGUGCACUCGGAGUUUCCUGCUUAGGAAAGUCAGCGAUGUUGCACCGCGCUGUGGUCCGCAGGAUCCUAAAGAGUUGGCAACGCCGUCUAGACUGCAUUCUGCGAAACCGACGGGACCGCGUGGCAAGCUGGCUACCCGCCGACCUGGGCUGCCGGAGGUCUCCGGGGCUACUGCUAACGCAACCCAGAGGGAGGUCGGGAGGACCAGAAGCCGACGUUUACAAAGCCGGAAGCUCCUUUGGCUCGACCCGGACCGCCCAGCGCGAGAGGCAGGCACCUGGCGCGGCGCGGGCCCCACUGAGGCCUCGGUGGCGUGGACGUGUGCGAGUGUCCGCGCCUGGGAGCACGGCGGCCCCAAGCUGCCCUCGCCGCUCUUCUCGACGUGGUCUCCGAGUAAACCUAGCUCGGAUUUCACCGCCCGCCGGCGCUGGCUCGGAGCCCCCUCCACGCCGCCCAUCGCCGCAGCCCGCCUGCCCUCCGCCGAGCCGGGGCCUGAGCGGUCCAUUCCCGGGUGUCUCCUUGGAACGUCCCUGGGGAAGGGGGCUGAACAACUCCCAGCUGCCAGUUCCAUUUGUUGCGCUUUUUUCCUUCGACACAAUAAAAGUCAAAUUAAUUGAUUCAUACCAUUAA